GAAUCUUCUCUAUCUAACCAACGGCAAAGGAACAAUAACAAAGAGCACAAAUUUUCAUCAAUUUGGCUAUUUGGUUGUCUGAAUCUUGCACUUCAAAAAUAAGAGCAGACAUUGGCGACCCAGAAAUAGAAAGUCCAUUUCUUGCGUGCCUGCGCCAGAUCGAUCGAUUGUUAAAGGGGAAAUUCGUAAUCUUCACUAUCUGGGUUUAGUUCAUCGUUGAUGUUGGAAUCAAGAAUACUAUUAAAACAAUUUUGACUUCUUCAACAGUUGAUACUUCUUCUUGUUCGAGGAUUUCACGAUAAGAAGAGAAACCCAAAGAGAUGAUCGGAUGGGGACGGAGUUGAAAGAGAAAGAAAAGGGACGAAAAUGGCAAGGGUAGAAUGGGGAUAUAAUGGUAGAGUCAAAUGGUGUUCGUACAAGCGAAUCACUGUCGUGGUUUGCUCAAUCAACAUUGCCGUUGCGCUUUAUGUUCUUCGCUCUCUCUAUACAUCUCUGUACAUUUACUCUUACAAUGAAUCACAGAACGUAGUCAAAUAUACAUCUGAGCAACUCUGGAAAAUGGAAGAAUCAAUUAGAGUUAGAAAAGCAUCGGAACCUGUAGAGCUGAUUAAAUUAGUGAAAGAAAUCAAGGGAAACUUUGUAAGUGGAGAUAACCUGGUUGAGUUGCCACAGGCUUUGAGACAAAAGAUAACAGAUGAGAUUCUUGAGAGGCUACAAGGUUUAAACAAUCGCUCCGAUGCAAAUCAAAGAGAAGCAGUUGAGAAAUGGCGAAAAGAGAAGAUAAAGGAAGCCAAAGAACUGGCUCUUGGAAACACUCUGAACUCAACCGUUUAUCCAGAGGAAGCUGAGAUGCUUGCAAGAACUCUGGAGUCUAACUGGGGUCAACUCUCAGAGAAUAUAGGUCUUUGGAUACCAGUUGAAGUUAUUAAUGAAGGGCAUGAUGACAAACCAGAGGGUGCUAAAGAUGAUGAUGAAGAAACAUUACCUGGAAGGGCACUUCCUCCAGAAUGUCAUGCUGAACUUCACACAGAUUACGAUGGGGUGGCAGUUAGAUGGGGACUAACACACCACAAAGAAAGUGCUUUUGAUUGUUGUCAAGCUUGCUUGGAUCAGGCUAAACGUGCCAACCCAGGAGAAAAGAAAUGUAAUAUAUGGGUGUAUUGCCCAUUGGAGUCUGGCUGCUAUUCCCCAGAUAUUUAUGAGCACAAACAUAUGGAAUGCUGGUUGAAAUAUGCAGAGACACCUAAGCUAAAUUUCAAAGACAGGUAUUCUGAGACUUAUAGAAAUUCUCAUCCAAAUGCACCAUUGUCAGUUCCUUGGGCUUCUGGUUUUCUCAGCACCUAGUUUUAUUUUCUGUUAUUGGAUCAUAUCUGGUAAAAAAGCCAAAUUAUUUACAAACAAGAAAUGUUGUUAUUAUGUGUCAAUGGAUAGUUGGAAGAGGAGAGCCUGGUUGGAUAUUUUUUUUCAUUUUUGUUGACUACUUUCUAUUUUCAAUACAUAUAUUCUUGAAUUGGUGGAUGAUGAUGAUGCUGGCUCAAAUGCAUAUUUAUUUCUUGGUUACUGAA